CUGCGAUCAACGCUUCGGCCUGGAUGAAAGGCGGAAGCGGACGUUCCCGGAACUACACGGAGCUAAUAACAAAGCUAACAGCGAUACGAAGUCGUGCACUCUCAAAGAUAACUAAAUAAUAAUAAUAAUAGUUUCUCCGCAGCCAACCCGACACUGCCGUGGACCGCCUCGCUUUGACCGGUUGGUGCUCAUGCCGGAGUCCGGGCUGCUGUCAUGUUGACCAGGCCGGGUCAGGCUCUUACUUCCUCCGGGCUGAUGUCGGUGGGACUCGCUAGUUUCGCCUGAGCUCCUCCAGGCUGCUGCCUCACAAGCUGGAUGUGGUUGGACUGUCAGCUCCGGAAUGACAAUGCACAGUAGCGGAACAUCCCAGGACCCUUCACAGGGUACAGGCGAACGGGGAGAGCUGGUUCACACCCUGUCCAAAGAGUCUCCAGACGCCUCUGAGUUGGGGAGCCCUCGGUGUAUACCACACUUUGACCUCCACAACAUGGUGGUUUCCUAUAAGAGAAUCGCUCUGUUUUUAGAACCAGUUGCAGAAGCAAUGGAGCUGAGCCGCUUCCUGCUCGGAUGGAAGAUGCCGGUGUGCUCUCUGCUCGUGUGUAUAUUUCUUAAUGUCUUCUUCUGCACUGUUAAUGAAGCGGGCUGGUUCUCAGUGGCUGUGGCGUUAGUGUUGGCGCCUGCUGCCCUGGGUUACCGGCAGGACAGGUGUGGGGGCAGAGCCUCUGAAGCUGAGCUCCAGAAGAGGAGCUAUUACACUGUGCACCGCAGAGACCUGCAGACGGUGCAUCUCACCAAACAGGAGGCCAUGCUGGAAGUAAAAGACCUGUUGAAGCAUCUAGACGACAUGUUGUCCUCUGCCUGUCAGUCAGCAGAAGCUAUUGAAAAGGUCCUGCACUGGGAUAAUCACACCAAAUCAUCAAGGUUCUAUGGAGGGAUGUUAAUAGUGGUGUGUCUGCUCUACCUUGUUCCUGUGGGCUGGGUGCUGGCUGGGCUCAACAGCGCCAUCUUCCUGUGCAACAGAGACUUCUUCAGAGUUUUGUUGGACCUCAGAAAGUUCUUCCACGUGGGCCAGACUAAGGCCUCAGAGCGUUUGUCUGAGGAACAGGAACAAAGAAAUCUGCUGGACAGGACCCCCACACCGACUAGUCUGGAGGACCUGUCUCCUGGCAGUGUAGAGGAGGCUGAGGAAGCAGAACCCGAUGAUGAAUUUAAAGAUGCCAUUGAGGAACAUUCGAUUUCCCUGCAGGAAACCCCUUUGGUCUUAGUGGAGGAUGACGAAGGGCCUCACGGGGCCCCAGAGUACGACACCAUCUCUGAAAAUGGCCUCUUGAGCCGCAACGAACCAAUUCGCAGCAAGGUGUCCAAACUGACAGAGAAGCUGCGUAAACGCUACCCCACCAGCAGCACAGGCAACUGUUCGAGUUGCAACGCUGUCUUCUCCGUGCUGAAGAAAAGGAGGAACUGCAGUAACUGUGGCAACAGCUUCUGUUCCCGAUGCUGCUCUUUUAAAGUGCUGAGAGCUUGCAUGGGGGCAACCGCUCCAGAGGCACAGAGAGAGACAGUGUUUGUCUGUGCUCCUUGUAAUUCCUCUCUCAUCAAGUUACAGUGACAUGGCAUCAGUUUUUCUCCCGGUGGCCAGUUGAAGGUCCUUCACAAAGUUACUGUAGCCCUCACACACACCUUGGUGUUCAUAUUAAGACACUUAAUGUCUGUUAAGAUACCUCCUAUGUUGGUCCUGCCUUUUCCAGUCAAAUCCCUCCUCAGCUACUUAUCAUUAUGGGACUUCUACUGUAACAUGUUACAUAUUUCCUGUUUUCAUCUCUCCAUGAAGAACUGGACCUUAUGAAUCAAUGAGAGUUAAGACAGGAAAUAAUAGUAUAAACAAAAACCCAGGGCCGUGGUUUUCCCUUCGCUAGGCCGAGGGAAGUAUAAAGCAUGCAAGGUGUAGGCCCGGAUUGUACUGGUGGUGUUGGGUGAUAGUGGGAGGUUUGCUGGAUGUCGGUGGUUUUGUUUUUACAUACCUUUUCUUGCCACAAAUUUGAAUCCGCUUGAAUGUGGAUAUCUUUAGCCCGGUUGGCUGUUCAACUGUAACAUCCUGCAGAGAGAACUUCUCUGUACGAACAAGACUAAGCUGCCACUGGAUAUCCAUGGGUUAUAUUUUAGAUUGGUGAUGAAUAUGAUGUUGUGAGCUGGGCACUGCACAAAACAGAAUUCUGUUUAUUUGGAUGAACAAAAUAAGAAGCUCUACCUUCGGCUUCGCUCGCUGCGGCGUGCGCAUGCCGGCAAUUCAAAACCAUUUUCCUCAAAGACUCGUUUGUUGUCCUCCAGUCCACUUCGACCUGUAGCUGGUCAGCAUCUCUGUGUGAUUAUUUCUGGGUUUGUCCAACUUUUCCAGGCCAGUGAUUUUGGUUGACUUCAUGUUUUAAUAAUUGCAUCUGCUCCUGCUGCAACCCACACUGCUCUACACGGCUCCUGUGGGUAUGCAUGUUAUUUACCAGACCUCAAGUCCAGAGGUGAACCAUGCUAAUGAAUCACGGUGAAGGUGGUUUGUGAAUGAGGACAAGUUUGGUAGAUGACCGUAUUCUACUUAUUAUGAACAAAUUGCUUCAUUCUUCACCCGAUUGUUGUUUAUUCCUGUGUAGACAUGUCAAACUGGCUUUUUCUUUUGGAGCAUAGUGACAACUUAGAAAACUGUAUCCCUGCAGCGCGAGCUUCUCCUUUUAACCGUAUCAAAGUCAAUCCAACUGGAUUCAAUUCAUCUGAACAGACUGAGAAACCAACUGAAACCAUCAUCAGAGCCUCACACUCUUGCAAGCGGGACUUAAAAGAGUCAAUGUGGGGCAUUGUAGCCCAAAAGCUCGGUCUUUGAUGGCAAACCAGCAAAACGAUGACAAAGUUGUUUUAACGAUGAUUCAGACAAGGAUGAUUGUAAUUGUUUGCUUUGCUUUUAUUGUGAUCAUAUAAGCUGUUACUGUAAAUUGUUCUUCUAUAUCUAAUAUAUUUAAAUUAAAACUCCACAAAUGGGAAAUUAUUAUUUGACCUAAUGAUGAAUUCUGUAUAUAUUGGCCCAUAUUUUAUUGUUAAAACAAGCCAUUAUUGAAAUAAACUCGAUGAUUUCAUUAACUUAAA